CAUCCUUAACCAACCCCCGACAUUUUCCUAAUGACAGUGAAAAUGGAAGUGAAGUCCCAGAAACCCUAAAUUCCUCCCCAUUCGGUGACUGUGCUGGGCAUCACCGUCGCCAUCAUCGCUCCCCUCAAAGCGAGGUUCCCUUUUCCCCUCUGCUUUUCCUUUUCUCAUCGUCUUCCCUUUCCUUCAACCCGGACUGGAAAAUAUCUCCUUUCCUCGACACCCAGGAAGAAAGUUCCUCUUAAGGAGUAGGAAAUGGCGGACGGGGCGGCGAUCAACGGCGUCGAAGAACAGAACGUGGAGGAUUUCUUCGACACCGACAACGAUGCCAAGGUAAAUGAACUGACCCGGAAGCUCAAGUCCUUAGAACUCGAGAAGGCCGAUUUGGUGCGCGGCAGCGAUGAGAGCAAGGAGAGGAUCGGGGAGCUGUUGGCCGAGAUUGAGAAGCUGAAGAGCGAUGGGGCAGUGUCGAGGGAGAAGCUCGAGAGGAUGGAGAGAGAGGUUGAGUCGGCUGAGGAGAGUGAGAGGGCGAUGGAGUCUAUCUUGAAGAGAGCCAUGGAGCUGGAGACUGAGGUGUCGAGGUUGCAGCAUGAUUUGAUUACUGCGAUGAGCGAGAGCGAGGAGGCUAAUAAGGAGGUGGCUGAGCUGAAGACGGUGGUGGAAGAGAAGGGGCAGAGGGUGGACGGGUUGGAGAGAGAGGUGGAGAAUCUGAAGACGGCGAAGACUGAGAGUGAGAUGAAGGUGAGGGACUUCGAGAGGAAGAUUGGGGUUCUUGAGGUGAGGGAGAUCGAGGGGAAGAGCGAGAAGUUGAGGGUUGAGAGGGAGUUGAAGGAGAAGAUCGGGGAGAAGGAGAAAGAGAUCGGUGAAUUGAAGAACACCAUUGAGAGCUUGAAGACAGUCGUUAAGAGGGAAGCUUUGGAGGUAGAGAAGUGGAAGAAAGAGAAGAGCAGCGUGGAGGAAGCAUUGAGGGAGUCAGAGAAGAAGGCGAAGGAGAUGGAAUUGAAGCUAGUUGAUCUGCAGGGAGAGUUGGAGCAGGCAGGGAAGGUCAUUACCGAGUUGAAGGAGAAGGCAGUGGAGACCAUUAAUGGGACCAUAAAUGGGCUUAGGGGGAUCGGCGAUGUGGGUAAUAAGGGAUUGAAGGCGCAGUGGCCGUUACUGGCGGUUGGGUCCACUGGAGCAGUUGCUGUAGCGGCUGCGAUGGUUUAUAUUAUCUAUGCUAGGCAUGCUAGGAAUUAGAAAGUUGCCUUAGCAUGAAGAAAGUUGAGAGAGAUCAGUUUGCUCGUCAGAAAAAGAGUUUAUCGGUUAAUAAGUAACGGAUGUUUCGAUUUUGUUAGGUGCUACGGUUUUGCUUGGCUUUGUUUUUGAGCCUACAAGUUAGUUUACUAUUGAUUUGGUACUUAUUCUGCAUUUUGUUUGUUGACACCAGAUAUGGUCUGUCCAGAAACUGAAUUACUCAAUAUUUGAAAACGAGUAACUACACCAGUGCAGUGCUUUAAAUAGUUCGCUCUUUUCGUAGUCGGAUGGUUGUCAGCUGUUGUCAAUCCUAUGAUAUUGGAAAAAGAGUAUUCCCUGGUA